AUGGCGGUCCAAAGAAAGAAAGACGGAUCUCCUAAUGUUAAAUUUUACGAGGCCGUAGAAACAAUAGCACAGUUCGAUUCCGUCAGAACAUGGCUUCAUAAAAAUUGCAAGAAGUACACGCAAGCAGACCCACCUACCAAUAAAAGUUUGGCCAACCUUGUCAUCCAGUUGCUACAGUUUCAAGAAGAUGCUUUUGGAAAAUCUGUCAGCAACUCCGCUCUCACAAAGUUACCUAUGAAAUGUUUCUUAGAUUUUAAAGCUGGUGGAGCUUUGUGCCAUAUCAUUGCUGCAGUUUAUAAGUUCAAAAGUGAUCAAGGAUGGAGAAGAUUCGACUUUCAGUCACCAUCACGAAUGGACAGGAAUGUUGAAAUGUUCUUGCAGAUUGAAAAGUCGCUUGUACAAAACAAGUGUUUGACUAUGCCCUGUAUAUUCCUACAGCCCGACAUUGACAAAUCUCUAAUGCCAAAAUUAAGGGACAUCAUAAAACGUCAUCAAGGCACACUGGCUGAGGAUCCAGAGGAUGCCACUCAUAUCAUUCAUUCUCUACCUACCAACAGUGAUAAGGAUGAAGAGUGGAUCCGUCCAGUGAUGAAAAGAGACCGACAUGCCCUCAUCCACUGGUGGUAUUUACCAGACAGUUAUGACACAUGGGCAAUAGAUGUCCAUGUGGAGGAUGACCCUCCAGAGAAGUCACAUCAUGGACCGUGGGAGGUAACAGCUAGAUGGCUUUUGGAUCUUGAGGAAUACAACGAGUGGAUGAAUGAAGAGGAUUAUGCAGAGGAAGAGUUUGAAACGAAGAGGAGUAAGAAAACCAAGAUAAUUAAGAUGACUGUAGAAGAUUUGAUUCCUAGUCAGGACAGUGACAGACGAGAAAAACGGGACAAAAAAACCAAGAGGAAACGUUCUCCCUCACCACCAGUUAUAGAGAAGAAGAAACGCAAGAGUGGGCGAACUUCCACUGCCCCUGGGUCCACAAAAAAGAAAAACACAAGAGAUGAAGAUGAUGAAGACUUAACCAAAGAUAUGGACAACCCAUCACCCGAAACCAACAUUCAAGAAGUUCAACUCUCCAAACAACCCAGCAGCUCACGCAGUACAAAAGACUCAGAAAACAUGCCAAUCAAAGGUGGUACUGUGAUGGACCUUGAUGAAGAGACCAAUGACAAGUUCCCUGAGGGCGAGGGUAAGGUUGAGUCAGUUGAAACACAAGAGGAAGUACCAAAGGACAAGGAGGAGGAGGAAGACAAUGUGACAGAACAGACCCACCACAUCAUUAUCCCAAGCUACUCAGCCUGGUUUGAUUACAACGGUAUCCACUCCAUCGAGAAACGUGCAUUACCGGAGUUCUUCAAUAGCAAAAAUAAGUCAAAGACACCAGAAAUAUACAUGGCCUACAGGAACUUUAUGAUUGACACGUACCGUCUCAACCCCACUGAGUACCUGACCAGCACUGCAUGUAGGAGAAAUCUGGCUGGUGAUGUGUGUGCAAUAAUGAGAGUGCAUGCUUUCUUAGAACAAUGGGGACUGCUAAAUUAUCAGGUGGACGCUGAUAACAAACCAUCAGCCAUGGGACCUCCACCAACCUCUCAUUUCCACAUUAUGGCUGACACACCAUCAGGUCUAGCCCCAGCAAACCCACCGAAGAUCAAUCAGCCAUCAGCAGCCAAACAGAUAGUCAGUUUUGAUGGCGAUAAGGACAAGGAACGAGAAGGGGAUGACAAGAAGGAGCUAUCAAACUUUAGUCUUAGGAUGGACAUUUAUGCUAAAAAGGCACUGAAGGACAAGGGUGCUGCCACUCGUUCCCGUGAGUGGACAGAUCAGGAGACCCUCCUGUUACUCGAGGCCCUCGAGAUGUAUAAGGAUGACUGGAACAAGGUCUCGGAACAUGUAGGUAGUCGGACGCAGGACGAGUGUAUCCUACACUUUCUCAGGCUUCCGAUUGAGGAUCCUUUCCUGGAAGAGGACUUUGGCCAUCUGGGACCUUUGGCAUUCCAGCCCAUACCCUUUUCCCAAAGUGGUAACCCUAUCAUGUCUACUGUGGCUUUUAUUGCGUCUGUGGUAGACCCACGUGUGGCCAGUGCUGCGGCUAAGGCUGCCCUAGAGGAGUUUGCUAAAAUGAAGGAUGAAGUCCCCCCUGCUCUAACACAUGCCCAUGUUAAGAUGGUGGAAGAGGCAGCGAAGGAGGGUAAGGCUGUGGAUGCUGUUUUUGGUCUGGAGAAGAGUGGCAUUGCUGGUACUGUUGCUGAGAAAGAGGAGUCUAAGGAAGAAUCAGAUGAGAAAAAAGAAUCUGAGGACAAAGAAAAAGAAGAAGAUUCAAAGUCUGAAGGGAAGAAAGAGGAUGGAAAGGAAGAUGAAGAAGAAAAGGACAAAGAAAAGACUGAGGAAGCCAUGGAAACAGAUGAGACAGAGAAAAAAGAGGAUAAGGUAGAGAAAGACGACAAGGCAAAAGACAAGGAAGCAACAAAAGAAUCAGAAUCCGAGGAAAAGAAAGAUGAGAAAAAGAUAGAUGAGGAGAAGGAAAAGACAGGUGAUGAGGAGAAGAUGGAGACAAAGGAGAAUGAGGAGGAAAAAUCAAAGGAAGGCACAGAUGAAAAGAAAGAGGACGAAACAAAAGUGGAGAUGUCGAAGAGGAAAGCUGAUGGCAAUGUGGCUACAGCCGCAGCAUCUGCACUGGCAUCAGCUGCUGUCAAGGCUAAGCACUUAGCAGCAGUGGAAGAGCGUAAGAUCAAAUCUCUGGUAGCUCUGCUAGUGGAGACACAAAUGAAGAAGCUGGAAAUCAAGCUUCGUCAUUUUGAGGAAUUAGAGACCAUCAUGGACAGAGAAAGGGAUGCACUGGAGUUCCAGCGUCAGCAGUUGUUACAGGAAAGACAAAUGUUCCAUAAUGAACAAAUUCGCGCAGCUGAACAUCGAGCCCGACAGAUCGCCAUGCAGCAGCUUGUGUCAGAGCAAAAGCAGCAAUCUGCACAACAGGCUGGAGAACAAGGAGGCCCAGCAGGUUCUGGGGCAGCACCAGUCUCCACGCCGUCCCUGGCUGCAGCUGUAGGACAGAGUUAUCCAAUGACUGGCUCCCCAAUGGCACCACAGGGACCACAGGCUCAUCAGCCUGCUCAAGGCUCCCCCGCACCUUCAUUCCCUGCACCAUCACAGAGCCAAAGUCCACAACCUCCUCCACAGACCCUGACGCAGGGACUGCCCCCACAAAGCAUGCACCUGCCUGCUACCCCAACAAAACCAAGCAGUGUCGAAUCUCCAGCACCAUCUACACAAAGUGAUUCAGAGCCAAUGGUAACUGACUCUCCUUCUCCUGCCAUACCAAAACCAUGACCACCAACCAUGGACUUAAUAUUGUGACUGUAUGUGAAGUGAAGGUGCUCUGGUGUAGGAAUGUGUUCAGUAAACGUUUACCAACAGGAAGAUAUUUAAGAUCUGAUUCAUUGAUCUUGUUUAAGACAUGUUGUGCAUGGCAGCUGGAGAGAAUGUGUGGAGAUGCGAGACCAAUGACAGUUUUUGACUGUUAAGUAUAAAUGUAUUUUGAACAGAGGCAUUUCUUUCUGUCAUUGACAGUGGUGACAAAUUUUAGUCAUUACCUGACAAGUCAUGAAAAUUCAUCAUAGUUCAGUUUCUUUUGUCAAUCUGAAUAUCAUCACAUAUACAACUCGCCACACAAUAUUAAAUCUUUGGCAGCCAUAAACAGUCUGGUGGGAUUGGGUUUCUCCAUUCUACUGUAGGACCAUGAUCAUGUUUUCUUUGAUAAUGAAUCUGUUUCAUUAGACAAAGAGAAAUAUUUUAUUAAAUUAUUAAGUGUUACAUAGAUAAACAUGUUGGAAAUAAAAUGUAAAAGUUUGAUCAGGUUUGGUUGUAUAUAAAAGUGUUUAAAAGCAUUUUGGCAUUUUAUUUUUCUACUGGUCACAUGUUUAUCAAGACAGAUUUUCAUACAUAAUUAUGAUAGUCUUAAUGUUGCUUUGUAGUUGGGGAUAUAGAAAUAGUGCAAUUUUACCCAGUUAAGGAGGGAUCAACAUACACGAUGUAAAAUGUACUGCCAACUGUUGUUCAUCACAGUCAGUAAAGUUUGACAAGUUAGAUCAAAGAUGUAUGCGAAUGAAAUACUGUUCAUUUAGUAGUCUGAAGCUGUUUACUGUUGAGGCUUGGAAAAUACUUUUAAAAAGUCUUGUGUUGUAAACAGUCGCAGAUCUGCUAAGAUUCAGUCACAGAUCCGAUAAAGUUCAUCUCCAAAUUAUGGUAGACUGGUCAUUCUAAAUAAAUCAAAAGACCCACAGUUGUUAUAUCAGGCAGAUCCAAAAGUAACUAAAACAUUCUUCAUCAGUUUUCAUGGUCAUUGUAAUGUCAGUAUUUGUUGAUGAUCGUGCCAUACACGGCAUUGAGAUUUUUUUAUAUGUCUGUACAUCCUAUUAUCAUUAGUGAAUGUUUCGUCAUAUGUAAAAUAAAUGUAUCAGUAACUG